GAUGUCAACUGAAGACGAAGAACGACUGAACUGAGUCGAGUCUUCUGCGAUUGUGAUGUAGUGUAGGUCAAAUACUGGUGCAUAUUUUGAAUUGAAAUACAAAUUUUUCAAAUUGAAAUAUUUAACAUGGCUGGCGCAAUUUUAAAACUAUCUUCAAUUCUGGGAACCAAUGCUGCAGCUUCUUCUCUUAGCUGUGUUGGCCGGCCUGCGUUGAGCACCAGAAAACUACAUUUCGUUUUUGGAGAUCGUAGUCAACACAAAGAAAGUGGCUCUAUAUCUCGCGACUACAAGGUGAUCGACCACAGCUACGAUGCGGUGGUGGUGGGCGCGGGGGGCGCCGGCCUUAGGGCCGCAUUCGGCCUGGUGGCCGAGGGGUUCAAGGUGGCCGUCCUCUCAAAGCUGUUUCCGACCCGGUCGCACACCGUCGCUGCCCAGGGGGGCAUCAACGCCGCGCUAGGCAGCAUGGAGGAGGACGACUGGAAGUGGCACAUGUAUGACACCGUCAAAGGUUCAGAUUGGUUGGGUGAUCAAGACGCCAUUCACUAUCUGGCUAAAGAGGCACCAUUCGCAGUCACUGAGCUCGAAAAUUAUGGAAUGCCAUUCUCGCGAACAAAGGAGGGCCGCAUCUACCAGCGCGCGUUCGGCGGACAGAGCCUGAAGUUCGGCAAGGGAGGACAGGCUCACCGCACGUGCUGCGUUGCCGAUCGCACAGGUCACUCCCUGCUGCAUACGCUCUAUGGCCAGUCACUGCGCUACGACUGCAACUACUUCAUCGAGUACUUCGCCAUGGACCUCAUCAUGGACGGAGACGCCUGCGUCGGAGUCACCGCCUUCUGCCUCGAGGACGGCACCAUUCACCGAUUCAAGGCCAAGAACACUGUGCUGGCUACUGGAGGUUACGGCAGAGCUUACUUUUCGUGCACAUCAGCUCACACUUGUACCGGAGACGGAAAUGCGAUGAUUUCAAGGGCAAAUCUGCCACUGCAGGACAUGGAGUUCGUACAGUUCCACCCAACUGGUAUUUACGGAGCUGGUUGCCUGAUGACGGAAGGCUGCCGUGGUGAAGGAGGCUACCUGGUCAAUUCGGAGGGUGAACGAUUCAUGGAAAGAUAUGCUCCCGUCGCCAAGGAUCUCGCAUCGCGAGAUGUUGUCUCACGAUCAAUGACCAUGGAAAUCAGAGAAGGAAGAGGAGUGGGACCAGACAAGGACCACGUGUACCUGCAGCUGCAUCACUUGCCCGCCGAACAGCUGCAUCAACGGCUGCCGGGAAUCUCCGAGACGGCCAUGAUCUUCGCCGGCGUCGACGUCACCAAGGAGCCCAUCCCAGUGCUGCCAACUGUGCACUACAACAUGGGAGGCAUCCCAACCAACUACAAGGGGCAGGUGGUGACCAGCAAGAACGGCUCGGACAAGAUAGUGCCGGGACUGUACGCGGCGGGUGAAUGCAGCUGUCAGUCGGUGCACGGCGCCAACCGCUUGGGAGCCAACUCACUGCUCGACCUCGUCAUCUUCGGCCGGGCCUGCGCCAAGACCAUCGCCGAGGAGAACCGACCUGGAGACAAGGUGCCCGACUUCAAGGAGAACACGGGUGAAGAGUCGGUGGCCAACCUGGACUCGAUUCGCUUCUCGCAGGGCUCAACUCUGACGGCCGCUCUCCGCCUCGAGAUGCAGAAGGUCAUGCAGAACCACGCCGCUGUCUUCCGUGAAGCAGCCACGCUGCAAGAAGGCUGCAAGAAGAUGGCCGAUCUCUACAAUGUGCUGCGCGAUGUCAAGGUUGUUGAUAAGAGUCUCAUUUGGAACACAGAUUUGGUAGAAACAUUGGAACUUCAGAAUCUCAUGAUUUGCGCUCUGCCAACCAUUGUUGGUGCUGAGAACAGGAAGGAAUCCAGAGGUGCUCAUGCUAGAGAAGACUUCAAGAUAAGAAUUGAUGAAUUCGAUUACUCCAAACCCCUCGAAGGACAGAAAGAACGACCCUACGAAGAACACUGGCGAAAGCAUACAUUGGCAUGGCUCGAUAUCAAAACUGGAAAGGUGACCCUUGAUUACAGGCCAGUAAUCGACAAGACCCUAGAUGAGAAUGAAGCACAAACCGUACCGCCUGCUGUACGAUCUUAUUAAUUAGCUAGUGUAGAUUAUUAUGUCUUGUUUAUUUAUUUUUUAUCAAUGAUGUUCUGAUGUGUAAUCCUUAGAAUUUUCACAUUAACUCAAGAUAUUGGUCUUGAGAAUAUCAGCACGAUAUAAAUAUUGUGAAUUUUUUUGAUUGAUGUGAACUUUCCAGUUAUUUGUUGUGGCUUGGAACUAGAAAAUGUGGCUAGAGCUUCUAUUCAGGGGCAUCAUGUCUAUUCGGGUAUCAUCGUUAUUGUCCUCAAACAUUUGCUCUAUAAUCCAACAGUAUUUAUUAAAAAAAUAUUUUAUGAUUGCAGUAUUGUAUUUUUUAGAAAAUAGAUGAAAUUAUAAAUGAAGCUUAAUACAAGCCAGAAAACAACAUUGUAUUAUUGCAACCAACCACUGCAAUUUCAAAAAUUCAACUGUGAUUAAAUUUCGACUGUCAAGGAAGAAAGCUCUAUUGCUUGAACCUAAUCAAAAUAUUCUUUUAGUACAAAUUAGAUAUAAAUCAUGUUUAUUUCGUUGAUCAAAUGAAUGUUUGUUUGUACAGGUAUCAUCACAAAAUAAUAAUAUUCAAUAAUAUUAUGUCCAAAUA